CUGAUUUUUAUUAAAUUCUGUGUAUUUUUUAACUAUUUCCUUAUUAGGGUGAUGUUUGUAAUUAAGAUUAGAUUACGAGUUAAGAAGAAACCUGCUUGUCGAGGUUAUAUUUAAAAUUGAAGGUAGAGUAACUAAAAUAAAAAUAUAAAUGUGUGCUUGCUUGAGCUCAAAUUCAGAAGUACUUCUAUUGGCACUUCUUGGACUUGCCAUUGCAGUCAUUGAAGCAAUGUAUUUAAAUUUACAUGAAGAUCUACAUGAUACCUGGAAGAUGAUCUUCCCUGAAGAGAUGCUUCCAACAACAUUUGAAAAUAUGUUGAGGACAGUUAUUUCAGGGGUAGUUCUCGCACGAGGCGCAACUGUUCACAUCUACCUAGCAUCAUUCCUUUUGCUGUUUUUCCCUGUACUGAAGGAAAGGAGAAGGAUACUGAUUUUGGUAUGGCUGACAGUAUCAGGAUUUAGGUCGAUUCUUGUAAAUGGACUAGUGGCACUUUUAGGAAUUGCAAUAUGUUCCUGUUUACCAGAACCGCAUCCUGCUUGUUUUGAAUUUCUAACGACAAAAGGGACUGAACUAGCAUGUUCUGUGUUUAUGUGGGUAGUAGUAAAUGACUUCAUGUACUCCAUGGGAAGGAAACCAGCCCAAAGUGUUGAAAUGAUUGCUGAAAAGGAUUCUGAAGAAAGUCAAUCUUCGGUAGCUGAAAGUGUAAACGCAGGAGUCACUGAAAUUUCUGAAGGCUCAUCUGAUAGCUUAGUUGCUAAAGCAGCUGUAAAUUGGUUUUUCAGAAUAUCCUUAGGAAUGAACAAACCACAAAUUUUUAGAUGUCAAAGUCGAAAAGCUGACAGGGAUGAGGAAUUGACUCAGAAAUUUCUUCGCAUGACUCCAGAAGAGGUGGAAAGAUUGACAAAGAAAAUCAAGCGAAUUUUAACAAACAACACUGUAAAGAAAGAAAAAUUCAAUAAUUUGGAUCUAGAUCCUCUUGGGGCUGGUCACAAAAAUAAAUGGGGAACAAACCAUGAUUCGGUUAUCAAAAUAAGAACUAGAGAAAGUAUUGCUUCUUGUACAGGCAAUUCUAUUUUUCAAGAUGAUGUUAUUUUGCAACAUAUGCCACCUCCUACUGAAUCAAUAAUUGAAUCAGUAAUAAUAGAUCCUAAUGCAUUAUUCAGGAAUGUUGGAACUCAAACCGAUAAAUUACCCAAAAAAAUUCUAAAAAUCAUAGAACGACAGGAAAAAAGAAAACAUGAUAAUAAUAGCCUUUUCAUUCCACAUGCUUUUAAAUAAAUUGAAAAAAAAAAACAUACUUGGUCCUUAUUUUUUUGUUCAUUUGUCAAACAUAUUUAUUUUUUUGUUCUUUUAUAUGUAAUCAUUUAACAUUUUCUAAAUCAUAAUAUGAUUGAAAA